GGCACAGUGCUUUCCUGCAGCACACACAGAGGUGACAUCACUCAGGGAUGUAGCUCUGGACAGUCCUGCACAAGGCAUCAGCCAGCCCAGCACUGUUAACAUUUCCCACAACAGCUCAGCCCUGCCUGUGCACCACAUCCUUUUCUAAGGCCUCACAGCAGAAGACUUGAAUUCCUUAGGUCCCAUUUCUGACUUUGGGGAUCAGGAUGAGACCUUUCCUCCUGUGGUGCAGCAAUACAGACCUUUAAGGCAAUAAUCAGCACCUAAUUUUAGACAGUUUAAAGCUGAUUAUAAAUUGCCAUGCCUUUGCACUCUGGGUUCCUCUAACAGCCUGCCUUUCUGUUAACAUUGUUAUUUGACUAACUAGUGAGGUCAAACUACCCUGACCUAUCUGAUAGAGGGACACAGAAGCUUCAGUGCUUACACUGACAACUUUCAUAAAUGUGGAGCUGUGUUCCUUUGUCAUUAACCCAGGGCUGAUCUCCCUGAGCUAGAAGAGCUAUAAAGGCUUAGGAGUGACACAGUAUCCUUAACUGACCUCAGCUUGUACUUGAUACCCAGCAGAAUGUCUAGUCAGAUCACAGAACACCAGGCAAAUGCAGAACCCACUGUCAAACUACUUUUUGUCUCCUUAGACAUCAUUCCCAAGAGCCUUGAACACUGAGCAGCCACUUCUGUUUUUAUUUUUUAGACUUUCUAGAGCUGCCUGUUCCAAAGGAUCUCUGACAUUAAAUGUGUGUUUCUUCCUACUGUGAGUUGUUAAAGUGUGAAAUUAAUUGCAGAUGGGUUUGUGAUGUUGGAGGAGGACUUUUUCUUCAAUGUUUUUUUUCCUAGGAGGAGCUGAGCCACUAAUAUGAACAGAAUGUGAGGCAGACUCAUUCUCCUCUGCAACUGCAAAAGUCUGUUUUCUGUUUUUGCAAAUACAGAGCUCACUAAAAGCCAUCAUAGCAGUGCUUAAAGUAUGGGAAACCAACCCAUGCAACAUGUCAUAGGAAACGUGGCUUUUGGCAAUGAGCACAGCGGCUGUUUGUGAAUGCCAUGGACUGCCUGAGCACAUCUCAGCAAGCACUUGCUGCUGCCCUUCCUUCCUGAGCCAGGCCUGGCCUUUGCCUGGCUGCUGCUGCUGUUUCUGAAGUCCCUGGGCCCCAGGCACUCUCCAUCUGCCGCCUUCCAUCUCUCCACAAAAGUUCUCUUCUCUGCCCUUUCCUAAAGUGGGGAGGAGAAGAGCAAGGUUAGAAACAGGAAUUCACUGCUUGGUGCAGCAGAGAGCUCCCAGAGUCAGGGGUGGUGGUGCUGGAGCAGCUGGGAUGUGCAGUCCCUGGACAGCACCAUCAGGUUCUCCUGUGAGCCUGUGGUGCUGGGACAGUGCUGCUAGCACUGCCACACUGUGAGAGCAUCCUGGCAUUUCUGUGUCUCCUUUGCAGGGAUGACAAGGUAGGGAUGAAACUGUGCUCUCAGACACUUGCUGUCUGUCUGUUCUGAUGUUUGCACUGUGCCAGUGGAUGGGGGAUCUAAGUCAGGGUCAGGACUCACCCAAGAGGCUGUUUCUGCUUUGGCUCCUCCAAGGCAGUGCUGCUUGUUGGCUAGCUGGCAACAGGAGGAUGUAUCUGUGUGCAGAGCAGGGCAGCAGUGCACCUCUCCAGGUUUUGCCAUCUUGAGUGGCACAGCCAUGAGCUGUUGGGGUUUUUUUUUAGUUUUUUCGCUAGCUAGUCUCCAGGCUUCCAGUUCAUGUAUUAGAAAUAAUAUCAAUUCUCUCUGGUCUCGUGUCUUUUCUGUGAUUGCUUCUUGCACCAUGGAUCCACAUGAAUACCAGUCACAAAUUUACACUUUGGAAGUUGGAUACAUCCCAUAAUACCAGAUUAUUGUUAGUCAGAAGCAAUUGUGCCAAUUCUGGAGACUACAAUCCUUUUCCCACUGUUGAGCAAUGCUCUCUUUCUUCUCACACCUGAUGCAUGUUGUCUGGACAAAUAAGGUGUAUUUCUUUGCCAGGAAAAAGAGAUGCAUCUCCCUACUGAUAAAUAUGGUGUGGCUCUUUAUCAGAGGCUCCUUAAAUGCAUAAUAAAAUGGCCCAGUGUACACACAUGGGUCACCUGAACCAAUUACCUCUCUGCAUACUGAUUUAUCGGUUGAGGGCUUUUUAUGGUGCUUGCUUAAAAGGAGAGAGAUGGAGCGUGAUAAACUCAUAAACCCUGUCAGGCUGAUGCUUUAGUACAGGAUGUGUUGCUGCUGUGUUUUUUAAUGUCAUUUGAGUCAUUCAGUCUCAUUGAUAUUUCCUUUACAUUAGUGCUUCUGCCUGUCAUCAAUCCACUUAGCUGAUACAGUGACAUAUGGGACUAGGUAGGCACAUUAUUAGAACUGGAAAACCUAUUUUUUUGUCCAGAAGUUUUGUCCAGAAAUUGUCUUUUAUUUCCUUGAAGCCUCUGUCAAUGGUAAACUAGAACUGGGCCUUCAUACUGUCAUUUCUCUCUUCCCAGCUGGUAUAAAGAGGUUGGAUCAUGUGUGGUUAUUACAGGAUUUUUAUUAACCUGGCUCUUCCAGAUAUUGUGGAACUUUUUUUCCAGUUAGAUUAGCUGAAAUGUGCUCUCCUGUUAGCUUUCAGCUAACUGGACCAUUGUUAGGUGGUGGAGACACUGUACACACCAGCUGGGAGUGGAGAAGGUUUCAGGGGCUGUACCAAAAUAACAGCCUAGAAAGCAGCGAAGGACAGAGCCCCUGCAGCUCCAUGUGUUUUCUGCCUUGCUUCCAGGAAGUUCUGCUCUGUCACCUCAGCUGCUGUGAGCUCAGACCAAAGAAACACUGCCUGAAUGGCCGAGAGCUCCCUCAGUUCCCAAAUUAGCUGUGAGCAUGUCGUGUUCUCUCCAACUCCCCCGCAGUGCUGGGGACCCUGUCACAAGGACAGAGUCCACAAGCCAUUAGCCUUUUCCUCUCUGCAGGGAAUGAGAGGGAAGGGCUUGAUCCAUCCUAAAAGGUGGUUUUAAAACCUUUUUGACCCUCUGAUUCAAUUAGUUUGCCCAAAAUAAUUAUUAGAAAGGAGCCUAGGCAUAAUACCAUGACUCUUUUCCCUACAUGCCUGACUUUGAGCUGAAGCAUUUAUGGAGCAGGAUACAAAUUUUUUUGGCCAUAUGUAGCAGGUGCAGCUGUGAUUUUCGACCUUGUAUAGGCUCCUUAACCAUGAAGCUCUGGGUGAGACCCCCUUUUUCAGACAGUACUUCCCAGGAGCAUGCAGGAGCAGCAUGUUUCACUUCAGAGCAGGAAGGGUGACCAGCUCACAGCGCGCCCUUUCUCUCCCUUGUCUGUCGUGCAGAGAGAUUAUGGAGCUACCUUAAAUGAGCUGGGCUAGGACUCUUAUCUCGGCCUCUGCAAACUAGCAGAAAGUUGAAGUGAUGACAGCAGAUAAGGGUACUUGCUUUUGAAGCUUAUUGGCUGCUUCUCUGAACUUUUUUUCCCCCUGAGAGCCAGUCAUUCAGAGGUACAGCUGGCACAGCCCGAUUGUUCUGUCCCACCGAGACCAUGGAGCGGACACGAGGGGCCGAGGUCUAGGAGGGCAGAUCCUGUGUCACCAGCUGGCUCAGCUGUGUCACCUGCCUGGGGUUGGGGUCUAGAAGGGCAGAUCCUGUGUCACCAGCCGGCUCAGCUGUGUCACCUGCCUGGGGACAGGACCUGCGUAACGCCGCCGUCAGCUGAGAGAAGCGUGGGCUCCUGCUCUGCUUGACCUUUCUUUACCUUGGAGAAGUGCAGCAUGGAUCGUGGUUGGUAAUUCCCCACCUCCUCGGCCUCGGGACAGCCAGGAAAGUUCAGCAGAGCCUGUGGUGGGAGCGAGGAGCCGGGCUGGUUGUUGGCAGCAGCUUACACAUUAAACCCUGGUAGCGAACGCGCGCCGCGCUCUGACAAGAAAUGUAACCCGAGGAGAAAGGACACCAGUGUGUUUGAGCACGCUGAGGGAUUCUUGUGUGACUUGUUACUCUUUCAGUGCUGUAGCCUGAGCAGGUCUUACUGGUUUUUACCGAAGUGGUGGGAGCUGAAUGGGGUGUGGGCUCAUUUCUAUUCGUCCACAAGCAUCUCUACAAUCUUCUCUUCUCUUUUUUAAUUCCCCCCUGGAUAUAAAUCAGAGAAAUUGUGUCCAUCGAGUUUGCUGCCACCUGGGCUCAACCCAGCUGAACCAAUUUUGGAGGAUACCCUUGCUGCAAUCGUCUGGACGUGCUCCUAGGAGGAGAAGAAACUAAAGGAAUUUGGCAUCGUUGCUGUAGUUUGAGGAAAAACAUUCCUUCUGGCUUUGGAGAGAGCUGCAGAGAGGAUCUGUGUCAUGUCCUGAUCUCCCUCCAUUUUCCUGCUGAGCAUGGGGUAGCAGUGUGUGACCAUGGUGGUCACCCAGUUACAGCUGGAACUGUGCUUCCAUGGCAAGAAGCUGAGAGGUUUCACCUGCAAGCUGACCAGGUCAGCCAGUGGAUUUCUCCCAGAGACAUCCUUCUCCAUUGCCUCCCAGAUUUUUGUGCCAUUCCUCCUGGCUGGCUUGGGAAUGGUAGCUGCUGGCCUCUUGAUGGAUGUUGUUCAACACUGGGAUGUGUUCCGGACCAUCACAGAAGUUUUCAUCCUGGUUCCUGCCCUGGUUGGCCUGAAGGGAAAUCUGGAGAUGACACUGGCAUCCAGGCUCUCCACUGCUGCUAACACUGGACAGAUGGAUGAUGCCCAGAAGCAAUGGAAAAUGGCCACCUGCAACCUAGCCCUUAUCCAGGUCCAGGCCACUGUGGUGGGGCUGCUGGCUGCUGUGGCUGCUGUGAUCCUGGGAGCUAUCUCCAAGGGCUCUGUGGAGCUGAGCCAGGCUGCUGUGCUGUGUGCCAGCAGUGUCACCACGGCCUUCAUUGCUGCCCUUUCCCUUGGUCUGGUGAUGAUUGGUGUGAUCAUUGGAGCCAGGAAAGUUGGGAUCAACCCAGACAAUGUCGCCACACCCAUAGCAGCAAGCCUGGGAGAUUUGAUAACCCUUUCCCUCCUGGCAGGAAUCAGCAGCACACUCUUCAAAUACAUAGAUGUGAAGUACCUUUCUCCUCUGAUCUGUGCUGUGUUCAUUGUCAUGAUCCCUCUCUGGGUUGCCAUUGCCAAGCAAAGUCCUUCCCUGGCUGAAGUGCUGAAGUCUGGCUGGCAGCCGGUCAUUGUUGCCAUGAGCAUCAGCAGCAUUGGUGGGCUCAUCCUGGACAAAACUGUGACUGACCCAAACUUUGAAGGCAUGGCAGUUUUCACACCUGUGAUUAAUGGUGUUGGAGGGAAUCUGGUUGCCAUCCAAGCCAGCCGAAUUUCUACAUUCCUGCACUUCUGGAGCAUGCCUGGAGUUUUGCCAUACAAGAUGAGGCAGAACUGGCCCAACCCAUGCACCACAUUCUUCUCAUCAGGGGUGAAUUCCAAGUCAGCCCGAGUGCUGUUCCUGCUGGUCAUCCCAGGGCACCUGGUGUUUCUCUACACCAUCCACCUGCUGCAGGGAGGCCACACAUCCCUGUCCUUCACCUUUGUGAUGUUCUACCUGGCUGCUGCUCUGCUGCAGGUGGGGAUCCUGCUCUACGUGGCCGACCUGCUCGUGCGCCUGAUGUGGAGGAAGGCUCUGGACCCAGACAAUUUCUCCAUCCCCUACCUCACAGCCCUGGGGGACCUGCUGGGCACUGGGUUCCUGGCCAUCUGCUUCCGCCUGGUGUGGCUCAUCCAUGGCACAGACAUGAACCUGGGCAACUGAGAGUGCCUGUGCUGCUCUCGCCCCUGCUGUGACACGGUGCCCCCCUCCAGUGGGUGCCUGGCACUCUGUGCUGGCUCACCUGGCUGGGCUGGGCCCCCCCUGCCACCCUGCCCACCCCCUGCCCUCCCCACCGUGCCUUACAGCCAGCCCCAGCAAUCAGCACCCACAAACUCCUGCCCUCGGAGGGGAGCAAAGCGGAUUGAAGGAGCACCCCCUGCUCACACCUGCAAACAGGGCAACAAGGAGCAGUUGGGCCACUGGGGAGGACGGAAAAGAAGAAGGGAGGAAGGAGCAUUUGGGCCAUGGUGUCAAUCCCCAGCACUGAGACAGCCCUUAGGCUGCUCCAGAGCCUGCCCAGGUCACUGUGUCUGAUCCUGCCAGGGGAUGCUGCAGCCCCUCCAUCCUCUGACUUUCCACCAAGGGAAAUUCUUUAUUCACCCCACUUUUCUCCUGCUCCUGGAGUAGCAGAGCAACCAGGUCGGAGCUCAGGAUCUGAGGCAGUGAGCUGCUGGCUCAUGCCCAGUGGAGGUUAUCUAGGGAUACCACCUACCUGCCCUGCCAGCAUCCCUGGUCUCUGACCAAAAAGCUGGUUAUGUUGCAUUUUAGGGGCAGGAAGGUUUGUUUUUACGGUUUAUGAAAUGUCCAGUAGUUCAAAUGUUUAUAGAAACACACACAUAAAUAAAGUGGGU